AUGAAUUUGUUUCAGAUAGAUGGUGUUGAGUUGCCUGUGGGCAACCUCCGGGGAGAUGGCCAGUGUGGAGCUAAUGUCAAGAGGAUUCCUGCAGACCCACAAAAACCUCCAAAAUCAAUGAUAACACUGGAAGAAAAUGAAGACUAUCACAUCGUUAUACAGUCCAUAAAAUAUGGACAAAUUUUAAGUGAAAAGUCAUUUCAAACUCGUGGAAUCUCACCUAAAAAUAUUAAAACAAUAGCAACAAGUACAAGUGUUUCUUUUUACUGGAGUGUGCUAUCUUCCAGUGACAUUUCAGUGUCAAUAUCUCUUAAUAAUUCUUCACAAAUCAUACAAAAUAACGUCAUGGCUUCUGAGUGGGAUGAUUUGAAACCUGCCACCUUAUAUGCUUUUACUUUUGAAUUCAAACAGUUGCAUUUGGAUUUUAUAAAUAUACUUCAGAGACUGGAUGUUCAAGUCGAAACAGGUUCAUGUUCACAAGGAUGGGUAGCAUUAAAAAAUGACUGUUACAGGAUUAGCAAAGAGAGUAAACCAUGGAAUAUAGCCCAGCAACAUUGCAAAUUAUCCUUAAAUUCUGCACACCUUGUGGAUAUAAAAAAUGAAGAGGAAAAAAAAUUUAUAUUUUCAUAUCUCAGGUCAAAGAAUCAAAUAAUAUCAUGGACUGGUCUUAACGAUUUGAAGAAAGAAGGUCAUCUCACAUGGACAGAUGGAUCUUCUUUUGGCCUUAAGAAAAAUGAAAUCAAUUCUUUUCCACUGCUACCCAAGAAUGAAACAGAUUGCUACAUUUUACAGCAAAAUGCAACCGGAUUAAACUAUUUUUUUGCAAGAUUUUUCUGUUAUAUUCCAUUGCCAUAUAUUUGCAAAUAUGAAUCACCUUCUCUGCAGGAAAAUCUUUUGAUCUAUAUAAAGGAUGUUGGAACAACUGAAGUUGUAUUUAGUUGGAAUAAUUUGAAUGGUUGGAAUAGUUUGAAUAAGUGGCUGCAAAUAGGAUAUAAAAUAAUCAUUAAAUAUUAUUUAGAUUAUACACAACAACAUUUUGAGAGCAUACCCCCAAAUACCACAGAAAAAUCAAUUACCCAACUGUUUCCUGGCCAUGUUUACAGAUUUUCAUUCUUUGCAAUAAAUGAAUGGGAGGCAAAAACUACGCUAAGUCCAGUAUUUGUUGUUGAAACACGUCCAUUAUCAGUCCAAAACUGCACAGUUACUCAUGUGACCCCAACAGAAAUAUUUUUACACUGGGAUCCUCCAGAUUCAGCGUCUUUUCACCAUUACCUUGUAACUACUUUGGAUGUUGAAAGUAAUAGAUCAGAAGAGGUGUUUGUUGAAAAACUCAAUACCUCAACAACAAUUAGUGGUCUCAGAUCUUUCCAUCAUUACCUGAUAUAUCUAUUCAGUGUAGCAGAAAGAGGAACUUUAAGCUGCUUUGAUAAACCUAUUUCAGCCAUUACAGGUAUACUUCCACCACAGAAAGUUUAUGCUAACCCUGAAGAUGUAGGCGAGGACAGUGUCCUUAUUCAGUGGGAAUCCCCACAAGAUGGCCAUGAGGUCUACAUUCAAGUCAAAUCCAUACCAGAUACAAGAGUAGUCAUGGCUCUUUUUGUAAAGGAUGCUAAUAGAUUCAAGGUUGAUCAUUUAAUCCCUGGAAUGACCUAUGACAUUGGAAUGGCAACAGUGAUGAAUGGGAAUCUGAGUGAGCUGGUGACUAUUCAACAAACUCUAAAGCCCAAACCAGUCCAAAUUGUUAUUCCUUACGAAAGUUAUAGCACUUCUGUAAUCUUAUUUGUUCUAACACCUGAUACUGGAGUGUUUGAUGGCAUACAUAUUGCAACUGAAGGAGGGCCAAAUGUAACCAUGCCUUUAAAACAUGAAAAUAAAAUAACUGUUGACAGUUUAACCCCAGGCACAGAAUAUAAUUUCUUUGUUUCCAUCAUCAGUGGGACUAAAUUAAGUAAUGUAUAUUAUGUGCCUGCAGUAAAAACAUGUUUGGAAGCACCAUCAAAUAUCCACGAGGGCGAGGUUACAGACGUUUCCAUAGAGAUUCUCUGGAAUCGAGCUGAUGGGAGUUUCCAGCAUUAUGAAAUCACAUGCGUAAACUGUGCUGCUGCUUUCAAGGUCCAGAAGGUAGAGAAAGAAGCAGCAACAUUCUUCAACCUGGAGGCUGCCACAGUGUACACCUUUGCAAUUCGCACUGAGAAGGAAGGUUUUAAAGACAGUGCUCCUAACGUAAAAGAAAUCCAGACAGCCCCCAGUGCAGUUGAAUUUCUGAACCAUAGCAGAAACUCAAGUGCAGUAACUGUUAGCUGGUCUUCACCUAAAAGUCUUCUGGAUGGAUACAUUAUUUCAAUAUCCAAUGAAAGCGUAAUGAAAGAAGAAAUCCUGCCAUCCACAAAGAGGACAUUCACAUUUGAUAACCUUACUCCAGGGACUGACUUUUCAAUUAGCAUUUUAACUACCAAGGGACUAAGGAGAAGUCAUCCUACUGUCCUCAUGGUUAGCACUUAUCCAGACCCACCAUCAGAUUUGCUGAUUUUCGGACAGGAAGAAAACACAAUAUAUCUGUCUUGGAAACUCCCACACGGAGGCUUCGAGAAGUUCCAGGUAAAGAACCAUGCUGCUGUCAUACCACCUUGA